UUGGGGGGAGGGGGUCUAAAAAUGUAUUAAACUUGUUUAUUUCGUCAAAAGUGUUAAGAUAGAUUUAAAAUGAGCGACCUGGAAGAAACCAAGUUAUACAUAACGAGUGUUCUGCUUGCUAACGGGACAAAUGGAGUGCGAUUAAGCAGUUUCUGUCAGGAUUAUGAAAAUAUAUGCCAGGAGCCUGUUCCAUUUAAGAAGUUUGGGUUCUCUAAUCUGGAGACAUUUCUCAGAAGCAUCCCCGAAACCUGCAGGUUAAGAAUGGAGAGAGGAGAAUUGGUGGCUCACAUGGUCCGAACAAAUGAAACUGCGUACGUUGUGGAUAUGCAAGAGAAAACUCCAAUUGCGAGGAAAAAGAAGAAGGGAGGAAAGAGAAAUUUUAGUGGAAGUGGCUAUGGAGGUGGCUAUGGAGGCGGUUUUGGAGGAAGUUUUGGUGGAUAUUCCUCAAGUAUGAACAAUCCUACUCCGUUCAAGAAUCCUUACAGCUAUAGAGCUACUUUGGCGAGCAGUAGAACUUCCUCAUCUAAUGGUAGUUCUACUCCAACAAGUAGUAGACCUACUCCUGCAAGCAUGAGACCUGGGUCACACAAGAAUAUUGGAUCGUCGACUGUAUACUUUAGUCCCAGUAUUUCUGCAAAUGGUUUAUCAAAACCUACUCCAAAAGAUUCAAACCAGAACAGGACUGAACCGAAGGGUAACUGGGAGGAAUAUGGACGGAAAGUGGAAAAACUCCUGGAAAAUAGAAAAUAUGGAUCUCUCUCCGCUGAUGUUGAGAGAACUUAUAAAAGUGAGUACAAUGAAGUCCUACCUAAAGAUUGGGUGGACGUUCUAGAUCAACGUCUGAUCAAAGUGCUGAAUAGUUAUGACCAUGGAAACAAGCAUGUUCAGAUGUUGGAACCUAAUGCAAGAAUUUACAGUGAAUCAAAACCUCUAAGCUUUACAUCUGACGUCCAGAGUACGUAUGAACAGGUAAAUUCUCAUCAUUCUUUAAUGUAG